GACGGUUUCGAGCAGAUGAAUUUAAUACAAUUUCGGACUUGACGUUGAACCUGGGAGCGUGUAUUCUGAUGAAUAGUAAUAGUCAAUCGCUCCCCGAUACACAGUCAUGAUGAGCCCUCAUCUCCUCCCACGUACUUCGAUUCCGAAGGCCUCGGCCGCCCUACUCUUGCGCCCAGCGUUUCCCCGCAUGACGACUCUGACACGGUUCUACGCAACACAUAGUGAUCUCGGGGGAGGUUCUGGUCCCAAGGCGACCCCGAAACGGAGAAACGUCACAGUGCUAUCCGAUGAUGGGCGGUAUGAGUGGGGAGAAUUGAGCGGGAGGGAAAAGGUUGCGCGGGCGACGCAGCAGUCGGUCAAUUUUCUUGUCAUAAUAGCCGGCGCAGUUUUGACGGGCGGAGUUUUCUACCUGCUGUAUACAGAGGUCUUGUCGCCCAACAGCAGGACAUGGCAGUUCGAGAAGGCUGUCCAACGUAUCAAGGACGAUCCGCGGUGCACGGAUCUACUAGGCGAUCGAAGAGAGAUUAAGGCGUAUGGAGAGAGCACCGGGAGCCGAUGGGAGCGGAAUAGACCUAUUGCGACUUCAACUUUCAAGGAUCGGCAGGGUCGUGAGCACAUGAAGAUGCAUUUUCACGUUGAAGGACCUCUCAAUUCCGGAAUCGUGAUUGUGCAUAUGAUGAAGCCCUUGGACAAGGAUGAAUGGGAGUAUCUGCUUCUUGCAUUGGACGUCAAAGGACAUUCUCGUGUCAUCCUAGAGCAAGCCCAAGAAAAGCCCGGCGUUGCCAAGGCGCUGAAGAUCUUUGGCAUUCAAUGGCGAUAGUUGCUCAUGGAAUUUGCGACUAUGCAACGUAACCUUCCGGUCAGUAUACGUCUGAUCGGCCAACGAAUGCCCCGGUGGCUCCAUUACGGGUGCACAUGGGAGCCUAGACCGCUGGAGCCGUCAUGAAUGGACGUUACUAGCUAUCUGCUAGGCUCAUAAGGUCUGUUCCUCUCGAAUCGGCCAGGUUUCUCUUAGACCAAAGUCGGUUUGAGACACGACCGGUGCUCAAACUGAGUACCAGCGUAAAGACCAAACAUUUGGUUAAUGUAUAAAACUUGUACUAUAGAUAUUUGGCACACAGGAAGGGCGGUCUGGUUGUCUCUUGCCCUCUGGCUUUGGUGAUGAGACCGAAGCACUCAUUUGCGAGUUUACAUAUGCAAAACAUCGGAAUUUUGAAGAGUGCAUCAUAGCAUAUCAUACUUACAC